CUCUCAUCAGCUCCAAUGUCAGUUCAGACUGUCGAAGAAUACGAUCGAAUAUGAUACCGGCAAUUAAACAGAAACGGUGGGACCUUAUUGUAAUAACAGUCGUCUUUGGCGUAGCGACUGGUGUAUACACCUUCAAACCGAUGCUCGACGAAAUGGCGGAAGCACAGGAAAAGCGUAAACUACUUGAGCUGGCAGUCGCCGAAGCACAGGCCCAAGAGGUUGCCUCGGCAGAGAAAGCGGGGUUAAAGAUAUGAAAAUAGAUCAACUGGGUGGCAGAUACACUGCUUUUGGGUAGCAGGAACAUUUUGUUAUGUGCAUCCACUAUGUAUUGUGAUGAGAUACAUGCUUGACAUAUGUCCACUUCGCUGCGGAAGUCUUAGUAUGGAGAAUGAAAUAUCCAGUAAGUCGAAUCAAUCUGGACGUUCCUGGUGAACAAUCAGUAUCAGGGGUUAUGUGCCACUGUUCUUUACUUGCUUGUCGUAGACGCCUAUUCAAGGUUCAAAUAUCAGUUUCAUAGACGCUUAUGUGCGCAACCUUGUCUCAACUGAGAAAAAUUGUACAAAUCCACCUGCUUUUUACUGCAGUUGCCCAAACAUAUUCAGCCUAGUGUUGAAAAUAAAAUAAUUUUUGUGACGGUGUAUAUUGCAGCGUACAAAAAUCAACCAUAU